AAAAUAAUAAAAAUAAAAGAAUUAACCUGAGAAUUAGGUUCAGGAUGGCCUCAAGGAGCCGCUCCUAUACACAACUCCUAGGCCUCCUGUCCUUUAUCCUCCUCCUCUUCUUGGUCGUGAUCACAACCACAACCACCACAAUGGCGGUUCGUGUUGGAGUCAUUCUUCAUAAGCCCUCUGCUCCAAGCCUCCCUGUUUUCAGAGAAGCCCCGGCUUUCAGAAACGGUGAUCAAUGCGAGGCUGAUCAUCACAUUCACAUUGCCAUGACUCUCGACACAAACUACCUCCGUGGAACAAUGGCCGCCGUUUUGUCUCUCCUUCAACAUUCCACCUGCCCUGAAAACCUCUCUUUUCAUUUCCUCUCCCUUCCCCAUUUCGAAAACGACCUCUUCUCCAGCAUCAAAUCCACUUUUCCUUACCUUAACUUCAAGAUUUAUCAGUUCGAUCCAAACCUCGUCCGCAGCAAGAUCUCCAAAUCCAUCAGGCAAGCCCUCGACCAGCCUCUCAACUACGCAAGAAUCUACCUCGCGGACAUCAUCCCAAGUAGCGUCGACAGGAUCAUCUACUUGGACUCGGACCUCGUCGUUGUGGACGACAUAGAGAAGCUCUGGCAUGUCGAGAUGGAAGGCAAAGUCGUGGCUGCUCCCGAGUACUGCCACGCCAACUUCACCCAUUAUUUCACCAAAGCAUUCUGGUCAGACCCGGUCCUGGUCAAGGUUCUUGAAGGAAAACGCCCCUGUUACUUCAACACAGGUGUGAUGGUUGUGGAUGUUGACAAAUGGAGGAAAGGAUUGUACACACAGAAGGUAGAAGAGUGGAUGACGGUUCAGAAGCAGAAGAGGAUUUACCAUUUGGGAUCAUUGCCUCCGUUUUUGCUGAUAUUCGCCGGAGAUAUCAAAGCGGUUAAUCACAGGUGGAACCAGCACGGUCUUGGAGGGGAUAACUUCGAAGGAAGAUGCAGAACGUUGCAUCCGGGUCCCAUAAGUCUUCUUCAUUGGAGCGGAAAAGGGAAGCCAUGGUUGAGACUAGAUUCAAGGAAGCCUUGUAUCGUUGAUCAUCUAUGGGCUCCGUAUGAUCUGUACCGUUCAUCAAGACAUUCAUUAGAAGAGUAGAGGCAAAAAGAAAACAAACAUAAAGAAGAUUGGCACAUAUAUAUAUAUAUAUAUAUAUAUAUAUAUAUAUAAUAGGAGAGGAGAGGAUCCAAAGCAAAGCAGGGUUUUUUUUUUUUAGCGAUCAAAGAGAGCGAAAGUUUUCAUUUUGGAAAUCCAAACAAGUGUAGCAAAAAGAAAGAACU